UCUUAUUUAAUAUAUAUGUAAUUUAAAUUUUUAAUUCAGAUAAAUUUUGGUAUUAAAAUUUUCUAAAUAAGAAAAAAAAUUACAUCAAUAACAGUAAAUAGAACAUUUAAAUUUAAAUUUUAUUGAUUUCAUUGAUAUUUUUGUUUAACGUUAUUUUUUUAAAUUGUUCAAUUCCGCAAACUAUACAUGUUCACCAAUCAACAUAAUUCUGCACCGCUAAUUUUAUCAAAACCGCACUUGUUCCGCAAACCGCACGAACCGCAGUUAAAUCGUACCGCACUUAAAUUCCGUUCCGCUAAUAUUAUCAAUUCCGCGGUCGCCAUUCAGACCCUUAAAAUCCGAUGAAAUAGUUUUUUUCAAGCCUGUUGGGACUGAUAAAUUCGACCACGUUUAGGGACGGAAACCUUUAAUUGUAUGUCUCACACUCACAUGCAAAUGGAUCGGUCAAAAUUGUCAACUUUGACUUUGAACAUCUCGAGCCGACACAGACACUCUUCUACUCUCUAUUAAUACCAUCCAUUCGUUUCUUUCAACCCCACAACACAACACCAUCAUGAACUCUUCUUAUUCUUUCUCAGUAUUCAUCUUCGCAGCCGUUAUCAUCAUCCGGUGUCUAAACCCCAUCAAAGCCGCCACGUGUCAUCCAGAUGACGAGGCAGGUCUUCUAGCUUUCAAAUCGGGUAUAACCCGAGACCCUUCGGGCAUUCUCAGCUCAUGGAAGAAAGGUACUGCUUGCUGCUCCUGGAACGGUAUCACUUGCCUUACCGGUGACCGAGUCACCGCACUCACGGUCAGUGGACAAUCCGAGGUCGCCGGAAGCUUCCUCUCCGGCACAAUCUCCUCGUCGUUAGCGAAACUCCAACACCUCGAUGGUAUUUACUUGAUGAAUCUCAAAAACAUCACCGGACCUUUUCCACAAUUCCUCUUCCGGUUACCACAGCUAAAAUUCGUUUAUAUCGAGAACAACCGUCUCUCCGGUCCACUCCCGGUUAAUAUCGGUUCGCUAAGCCAGAUUGAAGCGUUUAGCCUGGAAGGAAACCGGUUCACCGGUCCGAUCCCAACUUCCAUUUCCAAUUUGACCAAGCUAUCUCAGCUCAAUCUUGGGGGUAAUCUCUUAACCGGGACAAUACCUUCAGGGAUCGCUAAUCUCAAGCUCAUGUCUUUUCUCAAUCUUGGCGGUAACCGUCUCUCCGGAACCAUCCCCGAUAUUUUCAAAUCCAUGCCGGAGCUCCGAUCUCUCGUUCUCUCUCGCAACGGAUUCUCCGGGAGCCUUCCCCCGUCUAUCGCAUCGCUUGCGCCAAUUCUCAGGUUUCUCGAAGUAGGCCGUAACAAACUCUCUGGGAAGAUUCCAGACUAUCUAUCGAGGUUCAAGGCGCUUGACACGUUGGAUCUCUCACGCAACCAGUUCUCUGGAGUCGUGCCCAAGAGCUUCGCGAAUCUCACCAAAAUCUUCAAUCUUGAUCUCUCACACAAUCUUCUUACCGAUCCUUUCCCUGCUUUGUACGUUAAGGGAAUUGAGUCUCUGGAUCUAUCCUACAAUAAGUUUCACCUCAAAACUAUUCCCAAGUGGGUGACGUCGUCGCCAAUCAUCUUCUCGUUGAAGCUUGCAAAAUGCGGGAUCACGAUGAGCUUAGACGAUUGGAAGCCAGCGGAAUAUUACUUCUAUGAUUUCAUUGAUCUGUCUCAAAACGAGAUCUCGGGGAGUCCGGCCAGGUUUCUGAACCAGACGGAGUAUCUGGUGGAGUUCCGCGCGCCGGGGAACAAGCUCCGGUUUGAUAUGGGAAAGCUAACGUUUGCGAAGACGCUGAAAACGUUACAUCUGUCGAGAAACUUGGUGUUCGGGAUGGUGCCGGCCACGGUUGCUGGACUGCAGACAUUGAACGUGAGUCAGAACCACCUUUGCGGAAAGCUUCCGACAACAAAGUUUCCGGCCAGUGCGUUUGCUGGGAACGACUGUCUUUGCGGUCCUCCACUUUCUCCUUGCAAAGUUUAGCUGAUGUACCGUGACACUUGCAAGUUUAGCUCCAAAUAAGUUUCGUAUUGAUAAGACUCCAAAUAAAAUUUGUAUUAAUAACAAAUAAACUAGUUUUAAGAUUUAAAGAAGGUUCAUUAUAUCGAUAUGUAGUACUUCAGUUUUCAACACUAUUACAUUUUUCUGUUUAGCGA